GUCAGAGAAAGUUUACUGCAACUACCACAGGCAGGGCGGAACUGCUGUUUGCAGUAUGUCGAAGGAAGACGGACAGUCAGGCAGAGUUACAGUUUAACUAAACAGCUAGCUAGCUAAGUAACUAGUAAACAUGCCAGUGUGCUAGGUGAAACCCCCAGUUUUUCGACAUUUCGUAUUCCAUCGCGGCUCGUUUCUGGGUGUUUGGGAGGUGUUUGAACUUCCCUCACAUUCUCCACAACGCAUUUUCACGAAGGGAGGCGGCGGUGGCGCGCUCGGCAGCCAUCUUUGGAGCUGGGCUGGGAGUGGGAUUCGACUAUUCUGGCACCCCAGAUACUUCGAGGGUGGGGAUUUUAACCUACAAUGAUUCAUAAAUCUGCAUGUUCUAAUCGACUGACAGCGUCACGGACCACAAGGAUUUAGCGUACGAAAUCACUGCGCCGGGGAUGAAACGGGAAGAAUACUUUAUAAUCCCAAAGUGUUUUGAAUUACACGACAUUCUCUACAGUGCUGAAACCUGGCCUGUCAGGAGAGGCUCUGAACACAUAUGAGACCACUGUCCUGCAGAUGAGCCAUCGGUGGGGGCUUUCAAGUCGCUGUCGCAGACCCAGAUAGUUCCUGGCGGCAGCGGCAUUGCCCCCUCCCCCAAACUCCCCAUUAUGCCCAACAGCAGUCGGGCGGGGAGCCUGAAGGACCCCGAAAUUGCUGAGCUCUUCUUCAAGGAGGACCCGGAAAAGCUCUACUCAGAUCUGCGUGAAAUUGGACAUGGCAGCUUUGGUGCUGUAUAUUUUGCACGGGAUGUGCGGACAAAUGAGGUGGUGGCCAUCAAGAAGAUGUCAUACAGUGGAAAGCAGUCCACUGAGAAAUGGCAAGACAUAAUCAAAGAGGUGAAAUUCCUGCAGAGAAUACAACACCCAAACAGCAUAGAAUACAAAGGAUGUUACCUGCGGGAGCACACCGCCUGGCUGGUAAUGGAGUAUUGUCUGGGCUCUGCUUCCGAUUUGUUAGAAGUUCACAAGAAACCUCUGCAAGAAGUGGAAAUAGCUGCAAUUACCCAUGGUGCUCUUCAAGGGUUGGCUUAUCUUCACUCCCACAACAUGAUUCACCGAGAUAUCAAGGCCGGGAACGUCUUGCUGACGGAGCCGGGGCAGGUCAAACUAGCAGAUUUUGGUUCUGCCUCCAUCGCCUGUCCUGCCAACUCCUUUGUUGGGACUCCAUAUUGGAUGGCCCCGGAAGUAAUUUUAGCUAUGGAUGAGGGCCAGUAUGAUGGAAAGGUGGACAUUUGGUCUUUGGGAAUAACCUGCAUUGAAUUAGCUGAGAGGAAGCCUCCACUGUUCAACAUGAAUGCAAUGAGUGCCUUAUACCAUAUAGCACAGAAUGAGAGCCCCAUGCUGCAGUCUAGUGAAUGGACGGAUUAUUUCCGAAACUUUGUAGAUUCUUGCCUUCAGAAAUUUCCCCAGGAUAGGCCGAACUCUGAGGAGCUUUUAAAGCAUGCAUUUGUCCAGCGUGAGCGGCCAGAAUCUGUUCUAAUAGACCUGAUCAGUCGGACUAAGGAUGCAGUGCGGGAGCUUGACAAUCUGCAGUAUCGCAAAAUGAAGAAGCUCUUGUUUCAGGAAGCCCAUAAUGGCCCCACAACAGAGGCCCAAGAUGAAGAGGAGGAGCCAGAACACAACGUGGGUCGGACGGGUACAGUGAACAGCGUUGGUAGCAACCAAUCCAUACCCAGUAUGUCAAUCAGUGCCAGUUCACAGAGCAGCUCUGUCAACAGUCUAACUGAUGCAGGCGAUGACAAGAGUGAGGUGGACAUUGAGGGAGACCACACAGUCAUGUCCAACAGCUCUGUGAUACACCUCAAACCGGAGGAGGAGACGUAUAAAGAAGAGUCGGAGCCUAACACCUGGCCAACUGAGCCACAGUCCCCGCCUGCACACACUCCGCGGCCAAAACGGAACCGCGAACACUUUGCUACUAUACGCACAGCCUCAGUGCUCACUCGCCAGAUUAAGGAGCACGAGCAGGAUUCAGAGUUAAGGGAGCAGAUAUUGGGCUACAAGCGCAUGAGGCGGCAACACCAGAAGCAGCUGAUGGCUCUGGAAAACAAGCUGAAGGCUGAGAUGGAUGAGCACAGACUCCGCCUGGACAAGGAGCUGGAGAACCAGAGGAAUAGCUUUGCCCAGGAGAUGGAGAAACUGAUCAAGAAGCACCAGGCAUCCAUGGAGAAAGACGCGAAAACUUUUUCCAACGAUGAAAAGAAGUUCCAACAACACAUUCAGAGUCAGCAGAAGAAAGAGCUCAACAGCUUCCUUGAAUCCCAGAAACGGGAGUACAAACUUCGCAAGGAACAACUGAAAGAGGAGUUGAAUGAAAACCAGUCAACACCCAAGAAGGAAAAGCAGGAGUGGUUGUCCAAGCAGAAGGAGAACUUCCAACACUUCCAAGCUGAGGAAGAGGCCAACUUGCAGCGUCGACAGAGGCAGUAUCUGGACCUGGAGUGCCGCAGGUUUAAACGGAGGAUCUUGAUUGCCCGCCACAAUAUUGAACAGGACUUAGUGCGUGAGGAGCUAAACAAGCGUCAGACCCAGAAGGACUUGGAACAUGCCAUGCUUCUCCGGCACCACGAGUCCAUGCAAGAACUGGAGUUCCGCCAGGUCAACACCAUCCAAAAGACGAGGGCGGAGCUCAUCCGUCUGCAGCACCAGACGGAGCUCACCAAUCAGCAGGAGUACAACAAGAGGCGGGAGAGGGAACUUCGACGCAAACACGUUAUGGAGGUUCGCCAGCAGCCCAAGAGCCUCAAGUCCAAAGAGCUACAGAUCAAGAAGCAGUUCCAGGACACAUGUAAGAUCCAGACCAGGCAGUACAAAGCACUGAGGAACCAUCUGUUGGAGACCACACCAAAGUCCGAGCACAAGGCUGUCCUUAAACGGCUGAAGCAGGAGCAGCACCGCAAGCUGGCCAUCUUGGCAGAGCAGUAUGACCACUCCAUCAAUGAGAUGCUUUCCACUCAGGCGCUUCGUCUGGAUGAGACGCAGGAGGCUCAGUGCCAAGGCCUACGAAUGCAGCUACAGCAGGAGCUGGAGCUUCUCAACGCCUACCAGAGCAAGAUCAAAAUGCAGACGGAUGCCCAGCACGAGCGGGAGAGGAAGGACCUGGAGCAGAGGGUGUCCCUCCGAAGGGCCCUGCUGGAACAGAAGAUUGAGGAAGAGAUGAUGUCCCUGCAGAAUGAACGCUUGGAGCGAAUCCGGAGCCUGCUGGAGCGUCAAGCCCGAGAAGUUGAGGCUUUUGACUCCGAGAGUAUGCGCCUGGGCUUCAGCAACAUGGUGCUAGCAAACCUCUCCCCAGAGGGCCUCAGCCACAGCUUCCCCGGGGCCCCAGCGAGUUGGAGUCACCAUCAGCAGCAGCGGCCGUCCGGGAGCUCCCCAGGGUCCCACUGGGGCAGCGUCGGCUCGGCCGCCGGCGCGAGCCACCACGGCAGCCAUCACAGCUAUCACUCCAGUCCGGGAGGGGCACCUAUGCAGCAAGGCUGGGGGCAGGGCAUGCAGGGAGGUGGGGUGCCGUCGCCGUGGGGCCACCCAUCGGCAGGAGCCCUGUCCCGCAGCAGUGGAGGUGUACAGAACAGCCCCCAGGCAAUGGGGAGGACACCCUCAGGAGGGCGCAGCGAGCAGAGCAUGAGCAGGAGUACCAGUGUCACCUCUCAGAUAUCUAACGGGUCACACCUCUCCUACACAUAGAUUCCCCCAUCAGCCCCUGGAGUCGGAAUUUGAGCGUGGAGAUGUAGAAUCCAGCAAACGCAGCAGGACAGAGUAUUGGCUGAGCUCUGCCGCCAAUGCCCCCCCCACCCUCGUGUACAGAUGUGGAUGUGCGAUGAAAUAAAUGUUGCUCAGGUCAAAAAGGGCUGGAAAAGACGCAGCCCGUCCUCACGGCAGUUUAUCGGCACACGUACAGAUCCUUAAAUUUAUGUUACAUAAGCAAUUUGAGUGUCAACACAUAAUAGUCCCAUUUGCUUUUAUUUACAGCUCUCUCCUGCGAAAAGUUUUUUUAAAUAUAUGUUUUGUGCUAUUCACAGCCAUUGCUCUCAUUUUGCACAUGAAACACUGUUUUAAACACCUUUUGACAUGUGUUAACAAUGUCCUAAGAAAUGUGGUGUCAAACAAUCACAGCAUACUGAUUUUUAUUUUAAUUUUUUAUUUAGGACCCCCCC